GAGAGAGAGAGAGAGAGAGAAAGAGAGAGAGUUGUGGAAAUGGGUUGGGGAGAAGCAGUGUUCCUCUGUUUCAUGGUUUGGAGCAGCAUGGGUAGUGUCCAUGGCCAAGGCCAGAAGCCCCUAGAUCCUCUUGAAGUGGAAGCGCUGAGAAAGAUAGGCUCUGAGCUGGGGAAGCGAUGGAACUUCUAUGUGGACCCUUGCAGUGGAACCUCUGGUUGGAUAGACCCUGUGGACCACAACAAGAACUACGCCAACAAUGUCACGUGCGGUGCAUGCACCGCCGUUCACUGCCACGUCAUCGGCAUCACCCUCAAGGCCCAGAAUCUCAGUGGUUCUCUUCCCGAUGCCUUUUCCAUUCUCCCAUUCCUCCGGAUCAUAGAUUUGACAAGGAAUUAUCUAAAUGGCACCAUCCCGACCUCAUGGGCUUCACUCAAUCUCACUCAACUGUCGAUGGGAGGAAAUCGGAUAUCUGGAAACAUUCCGGAACAACUUGGUGACAUUACAACUCUUCAAAUACUGGAAUUACCAGAUAAUCUGAUUGAAGGCCACAUUCCUCAAAAUCUCAGCAAACUAAUAAACUUAAACAGACUCCGAAUUAGUGGUAAUCCAAUCUCUGGCAAGAUUCCAGACUUCAUCGGCAACUGGAAGGAGCUUGGACGAUUGGAUAUGCAAGGCACCUCCUUGGAAGGCCCUUUUCCUGUUAGCUUUUCUCAAUUGCAAAAGAUAACCAUAUUGUAUGUAUCUGACCUUAAAGGAGGAGAUGGGGUACUUCAUCUGUUGAAUGACAUGACGAAAAUGGGACAAUUGGUUCUGAGGAACUUAUCAAUAUCUGGAGUACUACCUGAGUCUAUAGUGAAUAUGCCUAACAUCAAAACCUUGGAUUUAUCGUACAACAGUUUUGAUGGCUCCAAUUUGCCAGGGGCUUGUCCCAACACAGGGUAUUUAAAUUUGGUAUCCAGUUGCUCAUCAUCCACUAAUAAUUCGAUUGCAUCAUGUAUGAAGAGAAACCAUCCUUGUUCUGAAAAACCAACAAAUUACAACUUGUUCAUAAACUGUGGUGGUCAGAAGGUGACCAUUGACAAAAAUGAGUAUGAAGAAGAUACAGAUCCAAGUGGGGGAUCAUCUUAUAAAGUUUUUGGAGACAGGUGGGCAUAUAGCUCUACUGGGAUCUUCAAGGAAAAUGAAAAUGAAUAUUACAUCGCUUCAUCUACAACGCCUCUGAACAUGUCCAAUCCAGAAUUGUAUGUAAACGCCCGUCUCAGUCCUUUGUCACUAAAGUAUUACGGCCUCUGCCUUCAGAAUGGAAUUUAUACAGUGAACCUGCAUUUUGCUGAGAUAAUGUUUACUGAUGAUCAAACUUAUUCCGCUGUUGGAAGACGCUUAUUUGAUGUGUCUAUCCAGGGUGAGAAGGUGUUGAGAGAUUUUAACAUCGCAAAAGAAGCAAAUGGGACUGGUAGGAAUAUCACCAAGAGCUUCAAUGCUAGUGUAAGCGAAAACACCUUGGAAAUUCACUUUCAGUGGGCUGGGAAGGGGACCAGUACCAUUCCUCAUGCAAGUGUAUAUGGACCUCUAAUUUCAGCUAUAUCAGUCACACCCAACUUUGAUCCUGACCUUGGUGAGCACAACCUGUCCACUGGGGCUAUUUUGGGCAUCGUAGUAGCAGGUUGCGUGGUGAUUGCAUUGAUUUCCAUAUUCAUAUGGUAUUGCCGGAGAAGGAAAAAUGCUGAAAACAAAGUUGAGAUUAUGAAAUUUCACUUUCAGCCAUUGUCCUGUCAUGCACGAAAAUAUGCAGAGCUUCGAGGCCUACCAUCGCAAACGGGAUGCUUCACCUUCAGACAGCUCAAAGAUGCAACCAUGAACUUUGCUCCUGAAAAUAAGAUAGGUGAAGGUGGCUUUGGGUCAGUUUACAAGGGUGUUCUGCCAAACGGAUCUCUAAUUGCUGUGAAACAACUUUCUUCAAAGUCCAGGCAAGGAAAUCGAGAAUUUAUAAAUGAGAUAGGCAUGAUAUCUGCUUUGCAGCACCCCAAUCUUGUCAAACUUCUUGGAUGUUGCAUUGAAGGAAGCCAGUUGUUGCUUAUAUAUGAAUACAUGGAAAAUAACAGUCUAGCAAGUGUUCUUUUUGGCCCUGAAACAAACAGACUGAAAUUGGAUUGGCAAACAAGGCGAAGAAUUUGCCUUGAUGUGGCUCGAGGCUUAGCAUAUCUCCAUGAGGAGUCAAGGUUGAAGGUUGUUCAUAGAGACAUUAAGGCCACUAAUGUGCUGUUAGAUAAAGAUCUCAAUGCAAAAAUAUCCGAUUUUGGUUUGGCUAGACUUGCUGAAGAUGAUGUAAGCCACAUAAGCACACGGAUUGCUGGAACUAUAGGAUACAUGGCCCCUGAAUAUGGAAUGAGAGGCAUCCUGACUGACAAAGCAGAUGUUUACAGCUUUGGAGUUGUCAUGUUAGAGAUAGUCACUGGAGUGAGCAAUGCGAACUACAAGCAGAACGAAGGAAUCGUUUCUCUUCUUGAUUGGGCCUAUGUUCAACAACAGAAGGGUGACUUACUUGAACUUGUUGACAAAAGCCUUGGUUCCAACUACACACAGGAAGAAGCAUUGCAGAUUUUGAAUUUGGCUCUUACAUGUACCAAUCCUUCUCGGACUCUUAGGCCGACAAUGUCUGCAGUGGUGAGCAGCCUUGAUGGUCAGAAUCCUCAAGCAGUUUCAUCAACGACCAAGCUGACAAUUUCAAGGAUUGAUGAUGAUCAGUCAACCAGUGUUUCAACGGAUAGAAAAUGGUUUGACUCUUCAGUAUCAGGGACAAGUAACCAAGAAGAAAGUACUGUUAAUUCUACAGAAAAGCAAGCAUCUUUCUGAUUACUAGAAGAGUUUGCCAGUAUUGAAGUAUAGGUUUAUUUUAAUCAAAGUGUUAGUUUUUGGUAAAUCCUUAUAGAAUUGUUAAGCCACUGUAUCUGUAUUUGGUGUGUUAUUAUAUCUGUCUGUUUUUUAACAACCUUUUAUAGAGUAAUGGGGGUGGUGCUUUGUCUUUUUUAUAAAAAACUAAAUUGUUAGCUUUGGAGAAGUGCAAACACUUCUAUAAAUUUCUCCAAACUUUGAUGUAUGAUGAUGAAGAAGUAGUGUUUAAUG